AUGCUAUCGGUGUAUUGGAUACUAGAUAGUCUUGUCGAUCCACUUGGGUACGGUACUCAUUGUGGUCUCGUUCGGCUCCAAACCCGGACUGCAUUCGGACCGCACUGGAUCGGAUCCGGAUCGGACCCACCUCGGACAGUUGGCCAUCACCUUAUAUUCUGUCUACUAGGAUGGAAGAGACGAAGACAACUUUUCACUUUACUAAAAGAAAAACCUUUUAAUGUACUAAAACAAGAUGUUUUAGUAGUUGAGGAUAGUGCCCAACUAGCAGCUCAUUUGGAUGGCAAUCGCGGACAGGAUAGUGCUUUCUUUCCCAUUUCAAGAAAACCUUUUAAUGUACUAAAACAAGAUGUUUUAGUAGUUGAGGAUAAUGCCCAACUAGCAGCUCAUUUGGAUGGCAAUCGCGGACAGGAUAGUGCUUUCUUUCCCAUUUCAAGAAAACCUUUUAAUGUACUAAAACAAGAUGUUUUAGUAGUUGAGGAUAAUGCCCAACUAGCAGCUCAUUUGGAUGGCAAUCGCGGACAGGAUAGUGCUUUAUUUCCCAUUGAUGGCUCAAUUGAGAUGACCAGCAGCAGAAUUUGUUGCAUCUUUUUGACUAUACCUAACCGCCGCUGCCUCCUUUUCCAAAAGUUCCCCCACCGACUGAAUGUUUAA